AACAUGUGGCAUCUACAGACGCGCAUACAAGCGCGACUGCGCCAUGUCGCCAGGCACGGCACGGCCAACGCGCACGUUGGGGAUGUCAGGGGCUGGCAGGUGGCCUUCCCGAGCUAGAUGGGGCUGAGCCCCCGAGCGUCAUGCAGACUAGUACUCGAUCGGGCGAGGUCGAUGGAGGUGGUCGGAGGACACUGGUCAAUGAAACAAAACCAAUUCAAGAAAACGGCGGCGGCUGCGCCAUUCGAAUACGACCAGAGCGGUUGGCAACGCGUCCCCCAUGACAGACGACGGCGCUGGCGACGUUCUUGUGGAGACCCGGCCGCGUGCUGGCACGACGAGUGUGCCGUUGAUGCGGUCGCUGACGCCUGGCACGGAGUCCGCGCCCCCAAUCUACAAGUUCGUGUUGACGGGCGGCCCGUGCGCUGGAAAGACCACGUCGCUCGACCGCCUUUCGUCCUACUUUCGGGAGCGUGGGUUUCGCGUGUACAUGGUGCCGGAAGCGUCGACGCUGCUCCAGACCGGCGGCGCCUACGUCAUGGACUUGAAGGCCAGCGACGUCAUGAACUUUCAAUGGCAGAUUCUAUCGACGCAGAUUGCGUUGGAGGAUGCGUUUACGUCGCUGGCCAAGGACACCAAGUGCCCGUGCGUGAUCUUGUGCGAUCGCGGCGCCAUGGACGGAUCGGCGUACAUGUCGUCCGACCAGUGGGAAGAGCUCAAGAGCCAGCAUGACUUGGACACAGUUACAUUGCGCGACUCUCGGUACAAUGCCGUGUUUCACCUGGUGACGGCGGCGAACGGCGCCGAGUCGUACUACUCGCUCGAGAACAACGUUACUCGAUCUGAGACCCUCGAGCAAGCGAUCGAAGCGGACAACCGGCUUUGCCAUGCCUGGAUCGGCCACCCCAAGUUUUUCGUGUUUGACAACUCGACGGGGUUUGAAUCGAAGAUGCAGCGCCUCAUCAGCACGGCGGCCAACUUGACAGGCCUCCCGUCCACCGUCAAGACCGCCAAAAAGUACCUCCUCACGGCGCUUCCGCCUUCGUGGCCGAUCCAUGUCGAAGAGUUCGAAGUCGAGAAGGUGUAUUUGUCCGUGUUGCCUACGACAGACGAAGGCACGAAGGACUACGAUUUUGUGCGAUGCCGAACGCAGUACGGCCUCCCUUCCUACGGCAUGACGACCGUUCGGUACUUGGAAGACUCGGACGAGCCCGUCCACCUGAAGCGCGUGCUGAGCGCGCGCGAGUACGCGUACGCCGUGCGCCACCGAAAAGACCACGCGCGUCAAGUCAUCAAGCAGCGCCGCAUUUGCUUUUUGUGGAACAACCAGUCGUUCAACAUCCACUGGUACAAAGAGCCCGCGACGAUCGCCAACCAAGGCAUUGUCCACGUGCAGGUAGUAUCGUCCUUCCAUCCGUCGCUUGCUUUGUUGAUGCGCGCAGGCAUCCGACUCGGACACGCCCGUGUCGAUCCCCGACUUUUUAGACAUUGCGCAAGAGCUGACCAAGAGCCACCCGUUCUAUUCGGCAUACAACAUUGCCCUCGAAUGAAACGCGCCUCCACGAGCUGAUGGCAUCGCGCACGAGUUGUACGAACAAAGCCAAGACCGGUUGGCCUGGCGUCGCCGGUCGAAGUGUUGCCGCUGCUGGCACGGACACCCCUCUGCCCCCAGCUAGAAUGUAAGGGCCUAGCCAAAUGUCAUCCAUGUCAACGAGCACGAUGGAUUCGCCGCACGUGCGCUGCCGAGGGUAACGAGGCGUCAACGCCACGAAAGCAUAUUUGAAACAAAUACCGGCUUCACGAGGAUGC